AUGCCCUACCAAGACCAACGCCGUCUGCUGGACUUCUCUCAGGCCGAAGUACGAGGGGACGACGAACUAGAACGAAUAAUCAAUCGAGUUCGGCGCGAGCGACAGCGUUUGUCCAGGAAUCGUUUGCUGCAGAGAGUCGAAAUCGGAAGGGAUCCCGAGGGAGACUCGCUCACCAUCUGGGAACGAGAAGCUUCUGAAGACGCCCCAGGAGGAGCCACUGCGAGACCCAGACCCCGUCCAGGCCUAAUAAGCAGCGACGGGGAGAGUGCUUCUCCUGAGAACAUGUCGACCAACCAACGGGACCUCCAACGCAGAUUCUCACGAGAGCCUGCACCACGACACUCGGAGGCCCUGCCCAGCUUCGCCAGCCUAGCCAGCUCGACAGCCCUCCCGCCUCUGCGCUCUCUAGGCACGCGGCGGGGCUCCGCAACAUCCACGCCAACCGGCUCGAGUGGACGUCCCACUCGCCAAAGGCUUUCCGAGAGAUACCUUGAUCGAUACCGAACUUCUGAGAACCGGACCUCGAACCCGAUCAGCUUCGAAGACCUGGAGUACGAUUUGGACGAUGCAAAUUCACAACUGCGUGCACUUUUAGAAUACACCAACACCGCCAUGAUGUCAUCCCCACUGAGUCCGACAUCUCAUUCACAUACACCUUACCCAGAACAGGCCGAGGACAGCCGUCGAGUCAAGCGACGCAAGCUGGAUACAGAGAGGACGGGAUCCAGCUUCAAGGGCUUCCGCUAUGGCAGGUUUGGGCAGAUCGAACCCGGACUUCUGAAAAUGGAGAUCGAGAGCUGUGAUGGUGGAAUGUAUGCCGAUAGCAACAUGAACCCUCCAGAAAGUAUUCUGAAGAGCGACCAGUCUGUAUAUUGCACGAAGCGGAACCGCUGCAACAUUGUGCUGAAGCACCAAGGUGCCACGGUCUUCACACUGACAGAAUUGGUGAUCAGGGCACCGAGUGCCAACUACUCCUCGCCGGAGGGUAUGGUGUUUGUUUCUAUGGCAUGUGACGAAGUGCUCAAUAGGACUGCGCAGUACCAGGUUCAGUACGUCCCUCGCGACGAUGUAAACCCACACGCAGACCGGGACAAUCGGGUUCCCAUAUCCUCUGUACGGCAUAAUGACGAUGGGACGGUGGCGUCGAUAAGCCGUGCGCGUCAACGGCGAAUCAAUCUCAACACCCGCCUGGAAGAGGCUUUGGAGCACAAAGCAGCCGUGUUCCCAGUAGACCCUCUGCCUUUCCCCGUGACUGUAGCCACAGACUGCAGUGACAGCGAGGAAACACCAGCGCCCCGUGGCUUACUUCGACGGCAAGCGCCCCCGCCCAAUAGGAUUGGCCCACUUCCAUUUGAGAGUGAUGACAGCGAGGACGGCGAGAACGGGUUCUCGUCUUGGAACGAUGACAUGCGGUUCAAUGACGAUGACGGCUCGACGCCGCCGGCGCCGCCGAUGGACCGGAACACACAGGAUAUGACGUUGGCCGAAGCCGCUGAAGCAUCACAGCUUGCCACGCAGGAGGCCGUGAGAGCUGUCGGUGGCGCGCUGCUGGCACCACAUGCCAAAUUCUACAUCGAGAAGGACAAGAACAGGUGCACCAUCAAGUUCGACCCGCCAAUUUCGGGGAGAUAUAUUCUGCUCAAGAUGUACCAUCCAACAUCCAACAUUGACGUCCAAGGCGUCUUCGCCAAAGGCUUUGCGGGUCCACCCAUGGGGGCUUGGCUCCCGAGACCUUGCAUGAAGCUGCAUGGGUGCAUGGCCGGGCCCGCUUAUCAGGCACAAGCCACAAGCGGCAACCCACAGCUGCAGUCCCGCGCCCCGAUAGCCGGAGGAACGCUGCCCAUGAACGAGAGACCCUCCCAGAUCCCAGAGUGCACCCGGCAGAACUGCGAAGAAAGACUCGUGCAUUACAAAGCAUGCGUCUGCCUGACAAGCGGCCAUGUCCUCAGCCCGCGAGUGACAUCGCGCGAACGACUGAGAACCUUCCCGGACAUGCAGCGCGUUCUUGGCGGCGACGACCCGUCCCAGCAGGCCGUCCUCGACUCGGGCUCCUUCACCGGCUACCGGCCGUGGCGCCUCGAGCUGGGCAAGGGCUACCUCACCGCCGGCGAGGACUUCAAGCAGCCGCUAUGCGGUAACGAGGAGGGCUGGGGGCCCCUCAGCCCCUUCCGCUACGACUUCACGCCCUGCUUCCUCGACGUCUGGGUCGCCUCUGUCGCGCUCUUUGGCGUCGUCCUCGGGCUGCUGGCUGUGGUGUGGCUGCUGAGGAUGAGGAAGCCGGCCGAGGUGUCCAAGGGCUGGCAUUUUUGGACGAAGCAGAGCCUUCUCGCCCUCGUUAUCGCCGAUUUCGCCGCUCAGCUCGUCAUCCAGAUCAUCAACUACCCUCACAUAUGGUUCGGCGACUUCAGAGUGUGGACGACCGUUGUCACUAUAGGGUCUCUUGCUGUCAUAUUCUCGAUACAAUGGCUCGAACACGCGAGAUUGCGGAACGCGAACGGCGUCGUCCUCUUCUACUGGCUGUUCCUGCUUAUAGCUCUGGCGGUCAAGCUGCGAUCCCUCAUCUCGCAGCAGGUCUACGUCUCGAACCUGGCAUACUUCGUGACGUACUGCGUGGGGUUUGGGCUCUCGGUGUUUGCGUUCCUUGUGGAGUGGCAGUGGCCGAAGCAAAGCAAUCAGUACGAGGCUCUUGUCGACGAGGAGGAGUGCCCGGCUGAGUAUGCGACGGUGUUCUCGCGGCUCACUUUCUCGUGGAUGACGCCGCUCAUGAAGUUUGGCUACUCGAAUUAUCUCACCGAGGAGGACCUAUGGGGGCUGCAGAAGAGCGAUACUACUAGAGCGACUGGCUCGGCCUUCGAGACAGCAUGGAAACACCAGUUGGAGCACCGCGAGCGCCCGUCGCUCUGGAUCGCGCUGUUUCAUGCGUAUGGAGGCCCGUAUGCGCUCGCUGGCGUGUUCAAGAUGAUGAACGAUAUAUCCGCGUUUGUUCAACCGCAGCUGUUGAGGUUCCUUAUUGCCUUUGUCGACUCAUACACUCCGGGCAAGGAGCCAGAGCCCGUGAUCAAGGGUGCUUCUAUCGCACUGGCUAUGUUCGCCGUCGCUGUAUUCCAGACCAGCAUGAUUCACCAAUACUUCCAGGGCACGUUCGUCACAGGCAUGCGGAUCAAGGCUGGUCUGACUUCUUCUAUAUAUCGCAAGGCCUUGAAGCUAUCUAACGAGGGCCGCGCAUCCAAGUCGACAGGCGACAUCGUGAACUACAUGGCCGUGGAUGCUCAACGUUUGCAGGACCUGGCGCAGUUUGCCCAGCAGGUGUGGUCUGCGCCUUUCCAGAUCACCAUCUGCAUGAUCUCGCUGUAUCAGCUGGUGGGCUGGUCAAUGAUGGCUGGUGUUGGCGUCAUGCUCGCAAUGGUGCCCCUGAACGGCAUCGUAGCUCGCUUCAUGAAAAAAUUGCAGAAAGAGCAGAUGAAGAACAAGGACACCAGAAGCCGUCUAAUUGCCGAGAUUGUGGCCAUGAUGAAGUCCAUCAAGCUGUACAGUUGGGGAGCUGCCUUUAUGAACAAGCUCAAUUAUGUCCGGAACGAGCAGGAGUUGAAGACCCUCCGCAAGAUAGGAGCUGCGCAGGCAGUUGCCAACUUCACUUGGAGCACAACCCCUUUCCUUGUGUCGUGUAUUACGUUCACAGUGUUCGUGCUCACUCACAAGCAGCCCCUGACGACGGACAUUGUUUUCCCGGCUCUGGCACUCUUCAACCUGCUCUCUUUCCCACUCGCAGUCUUCCCUAUGGUGAUAUCAUCGAUCGUGGAGGCUACUGUAGCUGUGGGUCGCUUGACCGCAUACCUGACUGCGGAAGAGCUGCAGCCUGAUGCUAUCUCAUGGAAGCCAGCUGCUGAAGAGGCCGGUGAGGAGACCAUCUCAGUCCAAGACGGCACUUUCUCGUGGGACCGCCACAAUGAGGACAAGAACGCUCUUCAGGACAUCACAUUCUCCGCAAGCAAGGGAGAGCUGUCCUGCAUUGUCGGUAGGGUAGGAAACGGCAAGUCGUCGUUCCUGCAGAGCCUGAUAGGGGACCUGUACAAGGUGAAGGGCAGUGUCACCGUCCACGGCGCAGUCGCGUACGUCGCCCAGACGCCUUGGAUCAUGAAUGCCACCGUGAAGGAGAACAUUGUCUUUGGCUAUCGGUACGACUCAAAUUUCUACGAAAAGACAGUCAAGGCGUGCGCGCUGCUUGAUGACUUCAACGUCCUUCCGGACGGGGACGAAACUGUUGUGGGAGAGCGAGGCAUUUCUCUGUCCGGUGGGCAAAAGGCCCGUGUUGCUCUGGCCCGCGCCGUGUAUGCGCGGUCCGAUGUGUACCUCCUGGAUGACGUUCUUUCUGCGGUAGACGCCCAUGUUGGGCGUCAUAUCAUUGAUAAUGUUCUCGGUCCCAAAGGCCUGCUGUCUUCAAAGACACGUGUAUUGGCUACCAACGCAAUCCCUGUUCUGGCUGAGGCUGACUACAUUGUCAUGCUGCGAGAUGGCAAAAUUGUUGAACAAGGGACUCUGCAGCAGCUAGUAGCCAUGCGUGGCCUCGUCGCAGACAUUUACAAGUCUGCCGGUCAAGACUCGGGCUCUUCAACGCCGGGGCCAGCCACUGCCGACAGCCCCGGUAAUGCCUCCUUUGACAGUGAGAUUUCCUCGAUUGAAGACAACCAGGAGAAGGACGAGAUGGAAGAAGCACAAGAAGGGCUUGGAACUCUCGAGGCUAUUCGUCCAGGGCCACGCCAAGGCAAGGUGAACGGACGCUCCGAUAGCAUGGCAACUCUGAGAAGGGCCAGCACUGCCAGUUUCCGUGGCCCUCGGGGCAAGCUGACCGACGAAGAAGCCGCACCCAGCAAGACCCGGCAGGCCAAAGAGCACAGUGAGCAAGGCAAGGUGAAGUGGUCUGUCUACGGCGAAUACGCGAAAAUGAACGACCCCUUGGCUGUCGCUGUGUACCUGAUCGCGUUGCUGGCCGCCCAGACCGCCUCGAUUGGAGGCAACUUCUGGCUGAAGGAUUGGGCCGAUACCAAUUCCCGUGCUGGUGCCAACAAUGACGUUGGAAAAUAUAUCGGCAUCUACUUUGCCUUCGGAAUUGGCUCCUCCAGUCUGACAGUGGUGCAAACACUGAUCCUGUGGAUCUUCUGCUCUAUUGAGGCCUCACGAAAACUGCAUGAACGUAUGGCGAAGGCCAUCUUCAGAAGCCCCAUGUCAUUCUUUGACACGACACCCGCGGGCCGGAUCUUGAACAGAUUCUCGUCUGAUAUUUACCGAGUGGACGAGGUACUGGCAAGAACCUUCAACAUGCUCUUCGUGAAUGUGGCCAAGUCAGGUUUCACGCUAGCUGUUGUGUCUUUCACGACGCCUGCCUUCAUCGCCGUGAUUUUACCGAUGGGCGCCAUGUACCUCUGGAUCCAGAAGUACUACCUGAGAACUUCUCGAGAGCUCAAGCGGCUGGACAGUGUCAGCCGCAGCCCGAUCUACGCCCACUUCCAAGAGUCACUAGGCGGCAUUUCCACCAUUCGUGCAUACCGUCAGCAACAGCGAUUCGAGCGUGAGAAUGAGUGGCGCGUAGAUUCCAAUCUAAAGGCUUUCUUCCCAUCCAUCAGCGCCAACAGAUGGUUGGCUAUUCGCCUCGAGUUCAUCGGCGCCGUGGUCAUCCUCGCAGCCGCAGGAUUCGCCAUCAUCUCUGUCGUGAGCCACAGUGGCCUGAGCCCUGGUAUGGUCGGUCUGGCCAUGUCAUAUGCUCUGCAGAUUACGACCUCCCUCAACUGGAUAGUGCGCCAGACCGUCGAGGUCGAGACGAACAUCGUUUCCGUCGAACGAGUGCUGGAAUACGCCAGGCUCCCCAGUGAGGCACCUGAGAUCAACCCUAACAAGCGGCCGCCCGCUGCCUGGCCCGCUUCCGGUACCAUCUCCUUCAACAACUACAGUGCUAGGUACCGCGAGGGUUUAGACCUUGUUCUAAAGAACAUCAAGCUUGACAUCAAGUCGCAUGAGAAGAUUGGGGUUGUCGGUCGCACUGGGGCCGGCAAGUCUAGCCUAACGCUUGCCUUGUUCCGCAUAAUCGAGGCGGCCAGCGGCAAUAUAUCGAUCGACGGCAUGAACACAUCCAGUAUUGGUCUACUAGAUCUGCGACGUCGCUUGGCGAUAAUACCUCAAGAUGCUGCUCUCUUCGAAGGGACGGUCAGGGAUAAUCUGGACCCAGGACAUGUACAUGAUGAUACCGAGCUGUGGAGCGUUCUCGAGCACGCCCGACUGAAAGCCCAUGUUAGCCAGAUGGACGGCGGCCUUGAAGCACGGAUACAGGAAGCAGCGGUCUGGAUCCUCUGCUCCAUGUUGGCACAUACGAGCUCGAACCUCUCACAAGGCCAGCGGCAACUCGUGUCCCUGGCGCGUGCUAUGCUCACGCCCUCGAACAUCCUGAUCCUGGACGAGGCCACGGCCGCGGUGGACGUCGAGACGGACGCCAUGCUGCAGCAGACGCUGCGCAGCCCGCUGUUCGCCAACCGCACCAUCAUCACGGUCGCGCACCGCAUCAACACCAUCCUCGACAGCGACAGGGUCGUCGUCCUCGACAAGGGCGAGGUCGCCGAGUUCGGGACACCUCAGGACCUCAUCGCCCGCAGGGGAGUCUUCUACUCGCUCGUCAGGCAGGCCGGGUUGGACAAGGAUGCGGAGGAGUGA